AUGAGGAGUCUUCGUCUAAUCGGAACUGCUGCAGCAGUCGCGUUCUGCCUUGCGAGUGAGAAUGCAUUCAGCGUCAAUGACGAUGUCUUCGCCUUUCCCCAGUACGCGGUCGAAUUCUCGGAAUCGUAUAUCUUGGAAGCCGAUGCCCUUGUGUAUCUGGAUACUCGACAAAGGAAGCGUACUGCUGCAUCCUCUCCACAGACACAUCUGAGCGAUCUCUCUUCUGACUUAAGCCCCGAGAACAAUGAUCCCUCGCAUCCUGAAAGUGUCAACUCUCCCGGGGCCUACGAGCACAUCAUCCUACACGGCAAUCCUCAUCUCUGUUUCAUCCCCGAAGCGAAGCCGGGUACCAGCAAUGGCACAACUGCCGAGCCGUCUUCGGCAGAACGAGAAAAGGAAUUAGAUCAAGCCGUCAAAAGAGGAUCGCAGCUGCUUCAGGGCAUGGCUUCCAACCAAUGUUUGUAUUACUCCACGGGCUGGUGGACAUAUUCAUUCUGUUACAAUGCCCAGAUUACACAAUUCCAUGCUCUCCCUCCCGGUACAAACGGCCGAGUUUGGCCACCACAGGAAGAUCCAACCACCCCAAGCUAUAUUCUAGGCAAGUUCGAGAACCCAAAGGCCGCCAAGUCGCCCGCACAAGCGGACUCCGACCAUGGGUUGUCCACAGAAGUCAAAUCAAAGGCCGAGACGAACUAUUUGGUACGACGGCUGGAGGGAGGAACGCCGUGCGAUCUCACGGGAAAUGAUCGUAAGGUUGAGGUGCAGUUCCACUGUAAUCCCCAAUUGACCGAUCGUAUUGGCUGGAUUAAAGAGACGGCUACCUGUGCGUAUCUGAUGAUAAUUUACACACCCCGACUGUGUAACGAUGUCGCUUUCCAGCCACCCAAAGAAAGCCGAGCCCAUCCCAUCACGUGUAGGGAAAUCAUCGCUGAAGAUGCUGUGGCAUCGUGGGAGGCUCGCCAGGAGAAGGACGGAUCUCGACAGACUCUCGACCGACGUCGAUCUCAGCAGGUAAUAAUGGGCAACGUUGAAGUUGGAGGAAUGAAAUAUGUUGGUCGCGAAGGGAAAAGAUUGGAGAGAGGGCGCAUCGUAUUGACCCAAGAUGAAAAAGCCGAGACGGUGAUUAUGCAGAAAAAUGGCCAAAUUUCAAGCUUGUCCAAAGCAGAGCUCAAGAAGCUCGACCUCAGCCCGGAGGACGUUGACGCUUUUCGCAAAGAGUUGCAGAAGUUGGCCGGAUCAAAAGACUGGAAAAUUGAACGAUUGGAUGAUGUGAAUGGCCAUAUUCAGCUGCGAGGCGUUGUUGCCACGGAUGACGAGACUGAUGAGGAGACCCCGAAAACGACUGCUGGAGGGGAUGAUGAAGGACCUGGCAGCCAGGAAGAAUAUAAAGAAGUGUGA